AUGACGUCAAGUAAUUCAAACAAAUCACUCACAGCAGCUGAUAAACUGCGUGAUCUUCUAUCCCAAUUAGACCAUCAUCAAUCGCCUCCAACACCGACUCGUCCAUCAAGUUCAUUAAAAGCAUCAACCGAUACGCCAAAAUCAAAUGAACUCUAUCUACUUGUUCAAGCAGCUGAUGAGAUAAGCCAUCGUUUGCGAGAUGAGAAUGAAUCAUUACGUGAAGAUAAUACAAAACUUCGAUCUAAUGUAGUUGCGUUAAUCGAAGAAAACAAUCGAUUACAUGAAGAGAUUCGUAGUACAUUCGUGUCUGACAUGCUUCGAUUGAUUAAUAUCGACGAUGGACAAUCCAUGACUGAUAAAGAAUCACAAAUUGCUGAUCUUUACACGAAAAAAAUGCGUCAUCUGGAAAUUGAAUUGAAAGACGCUAAAGAGAAAUUGAGUUCAUAUGAAAGUGUGUGGCAAGCUCCGAAUGAUCUCAUGAACUGUCUCAAAUGUGGUGCACUUCUGCCAUUCGGUCAACAUAAUUCCGAACAUAAUGAAAGAGUUGCCGAUAUCAUUACCGAAAAUGAAAGUAAUAAAAGGAAAUUACAACAAUUACAAGCGAUUGUUGAACGUGAUCAAUUGAGAAUUGAACUUGCUGAAACGCAAAAACGAUUGAAGAAGCUAAUCGACGAAAUGACCGAUAAAAUUCAACAAGAAAAACAAAAUGCUGAGAAAAUCUGUGAGGAACGUUUGAAGGAAAAUGCUGAAAAAAUCCAUCAAGUGGAAGACAAGUGCGCCCAAUAUGAAUUAACUAUCGAUCGGUUAGCAAGAGAGAAAACAUCGCUAGCUGCUGAUCUAGACGAAUGGAAAAAUCGAAUUCAACGGCAAGAAAUCGAUCUUAGUCAGACGUCGGAUACAGUAAAACUUCAAAUUCAAAAAGCGAUGCGUGAACGCGACCAAGCCAAUGUGAACACAAUGCAGAUUCGUACGGAUUUCGAGAAAUUAUUAUUGCAAAGCAAUCAGGAUGCGCUUCAACUUCGUCAUCAACUUGGUUCAAAUCAAAAUCGUCUCAAUGAUAUUGAAAGUGAGUUACUCAAUUCGAAAAAACACUGUCUGGAAUUAACCGAAGAGAUCAAUCGUCUUACUCGUGAAAAUUUAAUGUUGAAAAGCGUCAAACAAACUCUCGAACGAUCGCGUGAAGAAAAUAUCGAUGCUAUAACUGUCAUCUUGAAUAAACGUGAACAAGAUUACCAUACAAAUAUAGAAAAACUUGAAUUGGAACGUCAUCAAUCUUUAUCAUAUCUCGAAGAUCUCGUUUGUAGUCAAAAUACAAUAUUGAAUAAACUACGAUUACAUUCGCGGCAAUUAACAAAUGAAAUCGAAAAUCUGCUGGAGCAGAAGAACGAGAUUGUUCAAGAAAUGACCGUGGAAAAUCAGGAAUUACGUUUGAAAUUAUCAAAUGCAUAUGAACGUUUAGAACAAACCGAUACGCAGUUAUUGCAACACAACGAAUCCCAUGUGAAAUUGAGAAAACGUCUUAUUGAAUUGAAUAACAAAGUUAAAGAAUACGAAAGCAUCAUCAACAAGAUUAAAACACAAGAUUUAGUCGAUUAUCAACAACGACUUGCUCUGAUGACACAGCGUAAUUAA